AUGGCCGACCAAGGACCCAAGGAGGUGCGCAAGUACCUCCAGCAGUCGCACGAUCGCAUCUUUGAGAACAACAAGAAAUGGGCCGAGGAGAUGCGCAAGAAGAAGCCUGACUUCUUCAAGGGCCUCACUGCGGGCCAGAGUCCAGAGUAUCUGUGGAUUGGUUGCUCCGACUCUCGCAUCCCCGCCGAAGCCAUCACCGGCCUCGAGCCCGGCGAGAUGUUCAUCCACCGCAACAUCGCCAACCUCGUAAACAACAUCGACCUCAACGUAAUGUCCGUCAUCAACUACGCCGUUCGCCACCUCAAGGUGAAACACAUUGUCGUUUGCGGCCACUACGGUUGCGGCGGUGUCAAAGCCGCCAUGACACCCAAGGACAUGGGUCUCCUGAACCCCUGGCUCAGAAACAUCCGAGACGUAUACCGGCUGCAUCAGGACGAGAUGGAUGCGGUCAUGGCCAACGGGGGCACUGAGGAGGACAAGUAUAACAAGCUAGUGGAGUUGAAUGUGUACGAGCAGUGCCGCAAUAUCAUCAAGACGGCGGCUGUGCAGCAGUGCUGGGCUGAGAAUGAGUUUCCCGUCGUGCAUGGGUGGGUGUUUGGAUUCCAGGAUGGGCUGCUCAAGGACCUCAAGUUCGAUCAUGAGGGUCAGCUCAAGGAGAUUCAGAAGAUCUAUGACUUGACCAAGGACUUUUAG